GAGACUGAAAACUUUAUGGUAACUCCUGAUUUUAAUGAAAGAAACCACAGGGAACUGGAACCGAACAGGGACCAACUCCUUUCACAAAACGCUCCUAAAGUGGAGUCCCAAGAUCAGGAAAGAAGCAGGAAUGUAGAGCCAGGAUCCUGCAGAGAUGAAGAGCCGAAACAAAAUAAGACAAAUCUACAAACAGGAGGAUAUGGUGAUGAUGUGGACCGUCCAAACCUAAAGAUAGACCAAACAAUGCCUUUAUUGUGUAUGACUUGUGGAAAAAAAUUCAAAAGCAAAUAUAAUUUAACAGUUCACAUGAGAAAUCACACAGGUGAGAAACCUUUCUCAUGUCAGACCUGUGGAAAAAGAUACUGUCAUAGAAAAAGUUUAAAAUACCACAUGACAACUCACACUGGUGAGAAACCUUUCUCAUGUGAAACCUGUGGAAAAAGAUACUGUGAUAGAAAAAGUUUAAAAUGCCACAUGACAACUCACACAGGUGAAAAGCCAUUCUCAUGUGAGACUUGUGGUAAAAGAUACUGUGGUAGAAAUAGUUUAAAAUACCAUAUUACAACUCACACUGGUGAGAAGCCAUUCUCAUGUGAGACCUGUGGCAAAAGGUUUAAUCAGAAAUUUGCUAUAGUCAGACACAUGACAACUCACAAAGUUGAGAAGCCUUUCUCAUGUCAGACCUGUGGAAAAAGUUUUAAUCAGAAAUUUGAUUUAAACAUACACAUGAAAACUCACACAGGUGAGAAUACUUUCUCAUGUCAGACCUGUGGAAAAGGUUUUCAUAAAAACUGUAAUUUAAUCAGACACAUGAGAACUCACACAGGUGAGAAGCCUUUCUCAUGUGAGACCUGUGGAAGAAGUUACAGUGAUAAACACAAUUUAAAAUACCACAUGACCCUCGGAGCAUGUGGAGGGGCAUUAAGUGGUUUUAAAUCUUUAGGGUUUUUAGAUGACCACUAA